CGGUAAUGCCCUUGCCAUUCCGCACUUUGCAGAUACUGUACAGUUAACGCUUUCACUCGGCGCUGCUCGGACCGGGGCCCACUCACUGCGCCGCGCCGCACUGCGCAUGCUCCGACUACUGACGGGAGGAGGGAGCGAGCGAGCGUGCGGCCCGACGUGCACUGCGCAGGCUCGGCACACAAUGGCGGAGCUGGGUAAGAAGUACUGCGUUUACUGCCUGGCCGACGUGACGAGCCUCCGGCUCCGCUGUACCGAAUGCCAGGACAUCGAGCUGUGCCCCGAGUGCUUCUCGGCAGGUGCCGAGAUCGGCAACCACCGGCGCUGGCAUGGCUACCAGCUGGUGGAUGGCGGCAGGUUCACACUGUGGGGACCCGAGGCCGAGGGCGGCUGGACGAGCCGUGAGGAACAGUUGCUGCUGGACGCCAUCGAGCAGUACGGGUUCGGCAACUGGGAGGACAUGGCCGCGCACGUUGGGGCGCGAGCGCCGCCGGAAGUGAUGGAACACUACGUCAGCAUGUACAUCCACGGUAACCUGGGGCGCGCGUGUAUCCCGGACACCAUCCCCAACCGCGUGACCGAUCACACGUGUCCGAGCGGCGCGCCACUGUCGCCGAGCCUGACCACGCCGCUCCCGCCGCUCGAUAUCACCGCGGCAGAACAGCAGCAGCUGGGCUACAUGCCGCUGCGCGACGACUACGAGAUCGAGUACCUGCAGGACGCCGAGACGCUCAUUAGCGGCUUGGCGCUCAACUACGACGACGAGGAGGUGGACAUCGAGCUGAAGCGCGCGCACGUCGACAUGUACGUCAGGCAGCUGCGCGAGCGCCAGCGGCGCAAGAACAUGGCGCGCGACUACAGCCUGGUGCCCGCCUUCCUGGGUCGCGAGCGAAAGGAGCGCGUGCCGCGGCGCAAGGUGACCAAGGAGGAGCGCGAGCUGCGCGCCAAGCUGCGGCCCAUCUGCCAGUUCCUGUCGGCGCGCGAGUUCGACGACUGCUUCGACAACCUGCACAAGGAGCGCGCGCUGCGCGCCAAGAUCCGCGAGCUCCAGCGCUACCGGCGCAACGGCAUCGCCAAGACCGAGGAGUCGGCCGAGUACGAGGCGGCGCGGCACAAGCGGGAGCGGCGCAAGGAGCUGCGGGGCAACGGCGGCGGCGGCAUCGGGGCCGGGGCGCCGGGCAGCGCCGCCGCCAGCACCGCCAACUCGGCCUCGGCCAAGCGCCCCAAGGACGAGGCGGGCAGGGAUGUGGCGGUCGCCGAGUUCAGCAGCGCCAUGGAGAACCUGCCCGGCUUCGAUCUGCUGUCCGAGCGAGAGAAGGUGCUGUGCGGCUCGCUGAACCUCAGCCCCGGCCGCUAUCUCACUGUCAAAACCAUCAUCAUCAAGGACUACCUACAGAAGAGGCAGGGCAUCCCUUCCAAGAGCCGGCUACCCAGCUACCUAGACAAGGUUUUGAAGAAGAGGAUAUUGAAUUUCUUAACGGAAAGCGGGUGGAUUGCCCGGGACACUUCUUGAUGCAAAAAUAACUUGUCAGCUAACUUUGACUUAAAUGUGCAACCGCAAGUCCCUGUCGGGGAGUCAGCAAAAGGUGGCAUUAAAUCGAACUAUUUUUAAUUGUGUAGGGAAUACAAAUAUCACAAAGCAUCCUUGUCAUAACAGACCAGAUAAUCAAUAAAGUCUUUGCCCUAAACAACAGGCAUGACGACUGGGUGCUGGCUGCAGACUCUGAGCCUUAAGUUGUUCAGCCACAAAGCUAAGGAAUUUAAAACUGUGAUUUUAAAUACCUUAAUUUUCUAUUUAUUAAUAGACCAGAGAGGAAACUUAAUGAUCUCAAGUUAGAUUCUUCAGACUUUUUUGGAAGUUUCAACAGUAGCUUAGCAAAGUUAGUUUGCUGCAAGAUCUGGGUUAUAUGUGAUUCAGGAAUAUAAUGCUUUAUUGUUGUAAAUAAUGAAUUAUCUGAGGGACUUCUGAUCACAUAUUCUGAUUGAUUUUGUGGCACUCAGUAAGAGUGAGUGUUACCCAUGAGGUGGUUUAGCCACAGGUAAUCUAAGUCUAGCAAAAUGGUAGGCAAGCAACUGCCUAGUGGGCAUUUCUAAGCUUUAUUAAGAGGUUAAAGAUGUUUGCAAUUUUAUUUGGUUUUUUCCUGUCAGCUUAAGUCUCUGGAAUUCUAGAGGUUUGACAGUUUCGCUGGAGAUUCAGCAUUGUGCAAUUUCCAUCAGAGCAAUUUGCAGCCGACAGUUGCUGAUUCAGUGGAUAUGGAUGUUGCAUGUUGGAGAUUAUCUGUAAGUGAUGUACGUAUUUCAGACAUUUGCUAAUAUUUUGCUCUAAAUUGGAAAUGAUGAAAGAUCACUGGUUUGACAAAUGAACUGCUUCUCUCUUUAUAAAUGCUGUUUCCCCGAUAUUUUUUCUUCCAUAUUUCCACUGUCAGCAGUUUUUGUCUCAAACCAUUUAUAUAAAAUAGUCACUUAAAAAAACUUGAUGAGUUUUUAUUUUAGUUUAUAAUUACUGACCCUGCUUUGUAAAGUUGAGUCCAAUAUUUUGGCUGUUGAUUUUUUUUUACUUAUUAAAUAUUUGCUCUCACUAAAGCUCUGCGUCUUCUCUCCCCUCCCCCCCCCCAAAAAAAACUCUAAAAACUAUUCAAGUUACAUGUUGCCAUAUUUGGACCCUCUGCAGAUCUAACUGAAAUGGGGAUCAAUCAUCAUUGAGGGGGGAGGGGGGAGAAUCAGCCUUUAUAGCAACUCCUUGUUUUAACUUCCUUUUCCUAAUUUAAAAUUUUACCAGAAUGAGAUGAGGAAAAUUCAUCGUUUAAAAAUGACAGAUUGCAUUCUGUGAAUUAUAAAUUUAUUUAUAAUAAGGGUGAUAAGGAAACUACUUCGAUCUUGAGUGUAAACAUCCAUUGAGAAGUGUCAUUAAAAAGGCACAAACUUACGAAAAUGACUCAAAAUAGGUGUUUCGUUUGUAUAAUGUUUCCACAUUUGUGCCAUAUACUGAAGAUAUAUACUUUUCAGUUCAAUAGGUAACAUUACAGUUACCUGCAAGUAAUAUACAUCAAAAAAUAGCAUUAUAAAGCUUGCUUACUGAGAUAUAACACGGAACAGGUCCUUCCGCUCCAUUGAGCCAUACCGCCCAGCAAUCUCCCAAUUUAACCCGAGCCUAAUCACAGGACAACUUACAAUAAAUGACCAAUUAACCUACCAACUGGUACAUGUUUGGACUGUGGCAGGAAACCAGAGCACUCGGAGGAAAUCCACGCAAUCGGUCACGGGGAACGUACGUACUCCUUACAGAUACCGGUGGGAAUUUCAGCCUUUGUCACUGGUGCUCUAAAGCAUUGUGCUGACCACUACGUUACUGUGCCGAGAGACUUGCCAUGUACCAAAAAAUAUUUACUUACGUUCCAACCUAUGAACAAUAAGCUUGUUUUAGAAUUUCUGGUACCAUUCAGUUCAUUUUAAUUCCAUUUAUAGAAAGAAGGCUCGUGCCACUGCACAGCUGAAUCUGAAUAGAAUGAAAAGUGAUGUUUCUGAUUACUGAUUAAGACUAGCUUUUUGUCACAUGUACAUCAAAACAGUGAAAUGCCUUGUUUGCAUCAAUGAACAACUGUGCUGGUUGGGGGGAGGGUGGGGGUGGUGAUGCUCAUAUGUGUUGCCAUGCUUCCGGUGCAAACGGAGCCUGCCCACAGCUUACCCUAACCCUUUGGACACCAGAGCACCCAGAGUUUACAAAUAACAGUGGGAAUUGUAUGUACCCUGAUCUUCGAAUUGAUCGCUAGUGCUGUAAAACUUUAUACUAAUCACUAAGCUACCAGUUUUGCAUUCUUUUCAAGAUGUCUGAAAAUGAGACUAUAGCCUUUGUACCAAAGCUACACUAUUGGUACCCUACUUUUUUUGUAAAUAAAAGUGAACUUCAUUCUUUGCUUUUGUAUCAGAUUUUUUUAACCUUUUGAAAGCUUAUACUCCUUUGGGAAGUGAUUGACUUGGUAAUCUUCCAUUAAUAACUUGACCAAGGAAUUUUUCCUCCCCUUAAGUGAAUUGAGAGCAGUUGUACCACUUUGAUUGACGUGCAAACUCUGAAUUUGCUUGACCUUCUAAUUUGUAUAAAAUGGCUUUUAAUUUCCAUCAGGUUUGCAUUCAACAGAUAACUUGCUUCCACUAGUAUUUCUUCCAUUGAAUAUGAAUUAACGUGCAGUUAAAAUGUAAUCAGGUUUGUUGAAGACACCUUUGUUAUUUCUUAUUCAGUGGAUUUCUCCUAUGUAUAAGCUGUGAAUUGGUCAUCAGUUGAUAUUUUAACAAAUAUUAGCAAUGAAAAUUAAUUUUAAAAAGUUUGUCACAGUAGAAUUUUGGAAGCUUGUCAUCUGCCAGAAUUUAUUUUUUAAAUUACAACUCAAGUUAGAUUAAGGAUUUAUAUAUUAUAAUUCAUUCCUGUCUGGUUGUUAAUUUUGUAUAAAAUACAAAUGCCUACAAUACAAGGCCCAGAGCUCAGGGUGAAUUCUAGACUCAUGCAGAAUUUUCUGAUCUUAACUUGGGUUGUAAGUGGUUCAUGGCACAGUUGACGUUUUAAGUUUUGAAGAAGAGGGUUGGCUGUGCAGUUUGUGCUUUGUUCAACAACCCACAAGCAUGAGGUAUGUGGAGAUGAGGUACAAUGGGAAGUCCAAUUAACUUAGGAAUUUGAUGCUGGUGUCUACGUUGAAUUAUUGGUUAUUUGUACUUUUGUGAUUCUAGAAAUAGUUACAGUCACCUGUGACUUGUAGUUUUCAGUUCCAAUUUGAGUUGUUGGGGUGAUUGUCUGUUCUCAAAUUAAAAAAUGGUUGUGAUCGAAUCUCUUUCCUAAUUUUUGAGACACUUCUCCACCCCUUGCAGUAAGUGAGCCAUAAUUCAGGGUGGUUAGCAAUCAUUGAAAAGACUGGACAGUGGAAUGGUAGGUACUGUGUGGACAAGCAGAAGCAGACAAACCAUACCAUCGGUAUGUCUGACUCCAUUGUUUUCUGCUACUGGCUGCAAGAUGCUUCAUAUACUGUAUCAAAAUUUCCUAUUUUGUGAAAAUCCAGAAUCUUGUUAAAAGAUGGGUUUGUGACUUUGUCAAAGAUUGCAUCAUUAGUUCAUGUCACAUUAACACAGCAAAUUAGACGAUUUCAGUAUUUGAAUAGAAAGAGUACCAUGCUUUCUAAAUUAUAAAAUCAGCAAUAUUCUAAAUUUGCUGUAUCAAAUUGUAUCAGUGGAUUUCUUGCACUGUUCUGGGAUGUUACUAAAAUAAAUCGUGAAAUUGUUUGCAAGGUUCUUGGGAAAAUUUUAGAAGGUCCACAUCCUUUGCCUUUCUCCAUAAUUAAGUCCCAUUUUGUUGAGUGUGACAAGAUUUGGAUGUUGUGACCAGAUCGGUCAACUUAAUUUAAUUUUUGCUGGCCCUCCUUACUGUACAUUCCUGCGAAGGUAUUUUGGAAACAAGACUGAGAAAGCUGUCUAUAUGUGAUUUGGUGUAGAAGGGAUAUUUAAAAUACAACCUGCUGACUAAUCUUUGAAUGCAAAGUUAAAGUUCAGGCAGCUGUGUGAAAUUACUUUCUUGCUGCUUGCACAAUUUACCUAUCCAGUAGCUAAAUGUGACAGACAGCAUAGUGGAAGGUCAUAACUGUAAUGUAUAAACAUAAUGUAAUAUAUGUAUCAUAUUUUUAAAUUUUUUUUAGGAAGUUAUGUGAUAGGAGUGACUCUAGCUGAGGUUAAUAAUUGUAACAAGGAUUUACAUCUUGUGUGCCUAAAUUAAUUGGUAUCUGGAUAAACCAUACAAAAACUACAGCACAGAAACAGGCCUUUUGGCCCUUCUUGGCAGUGCUGAACCAUUUUCUGCCUAGUCCCACUGACCUGCACAGGGACCAUAUCCCUCCAUACACCUCCCAUCCAUGUAUCUGUCCAGUUUAUUCUUAAAUGUUAAAAAAGAACCCUCAUUUACCACUUCAUCUGGCAGCUCAUUCCACACUCCCACCACUUUCUGUGUGAAGAAGCCCCCCCAGUGUUCCCUUUAAACUUUUCCCCUUUCACCUUUAACCCAUGUCCUCUGGUUUUUUUCUCCCUGUGCCUCAGUGGAAAAAGCCUGCUUGAAUUCACUCUAUCUAUACCCAUCAUAAUUUUAUAUACCUCUAUGUGGUAAAGCACCUAAUUUGGUGCUGGUAUAUCUUAGAAAAUCAAGGGCAGGUAGCUUAAUUUUGUUUUUGUUACUGGCAAGGCAGAGAUGCCCUUUCCUUUUGCUAGCUUGAACUUAAAAUCUGACUUAAGUGCUAGGAAGCACUUCUGGUACCAUCAGAGUAGAAAGACAUUUCUAAAGAAUGAAAUUACUCUUACACAAUUCUAUUCCAACAGUAUAAAAUGUGUCCAAUUAGGAGAGUCAUGGAAACCUUUUUGACUACCUUUUCCCAUUUGUUAUUGUUUUACACAUCUGUAUUUUUAACUGAUUUUGGUGUCUUAAAGGAUGAUACUGAAAUUAAUUUGUGAAGAGGAAGAUGCCAUUUUAAAAUGUGCUUGGCUGUACUAGGAAAGUGGAUACCCUGAAUGCAGUUUGAAGAUGGUAUUCAGAAGUAGAGUGACAAAACACAUUUCAGAAUUUUGAAUUUAUUUCUCAUUUUAUACCAUUUAAUUUAUUGCUUUUACUGCCCUUUGAAGGGGAAGCAGAUCUGUCAUUUCAUGCAAGGAUAAUCCUGUAUACACUGUAAACAACUUGUUUUGGUAUUAAUAUAUUUUGUAAACAUGAGUAAUACGUUAUAUAAUGUUAUUACCCUCUGAAUAUUGGUUGUGAGUGGCAGUUUUUAAAAGAUGAAACUUUCUGAGAUGCUAGGAAUAGAGGGAAGUGCAGUUUUUUUAUUAAGUCUCUAGUGUGAGUUCAGAGUUUUUAAAAUUGCAUUUUAGAUAAAUUAUUAUUUUUGGAGCAUUUUGUUGCUUGCUGCUCAAAGGAUCGAUUAGAUGCCUACAAAGCUUUGCAGGGCACUUACAUUCACAAUAAUUUUGAAUAUGUUCACAAUUUUUAAUAAGUGAUUUGAGAGUUUUUAAUUUCGAAGCUUAAAUGCUGCCUGUAGUUGAUACUUUCAGCAUUGCUGCUUGUUUUCGGAAUGAAUGUGUAGGACACUAAAAAUUUUAAAAUUGGGUGCUCAAUGUUUCUGGUUAUACUUCCCAGUUCAGUAUUGCGAAAGUAAUUUCUGUUCAUUCUACCCUUGGCUACUAUUAAAAAUGUAUGUCACAGUGAAUGUGUUCUAAGUGUAAUCAAAUUGCUUACUUUGCAUUGCACAGAAUAGGUGUUGAUUCUGUGCUUUAUUAACAGGAUGUCAGAUGCCAGUGUCUAAAUAUUAUGAUUACCAGUUGAAGGGCAUUUCUGACAAUGCCUAUUGCCAAGGCUGGCAUCUGACUAUUCCUGGUGGUGUGCUACAUAAGACAUCUGGUCUACUUGCAGUGAAGUUACUUGCAUAGAGUAAGUGCUGUUUAUUUAGGGUCAGAGAAAGGUAGUAUUACUGAGUCAAAAUUCUGUAGUGACCAUUGUCAAACUCAGUGAUAUAGUACAGUUUGGAAACAGGCCAUUUGUCAACCAUUAAGCACUUCAUUAAACACUCAUUUUCUGUUUUCCCCAUUUUACCGUCAAACCAUAUCUACACACUAGGGACACUAUAGUGGUCAGUCACCUACCAACCUGUAUCUUUGGGACAUUUGGGUUGAGUUUCUUCCUACGAAGAAUACAAACUGCAUUCAGUAACACCUGUGUGACUAGAGCUGUGAGGCAGUAGCCACUAGCUACAUCACUGAAAACAUGUAAUGAUAGCAUUCCAGGUUUUUUUUAAUAUUAAAUUCUACUUUGAUUGUUUUGCAAUGGUUGUAUGUCAUUUCAAUAUACCAUGUGCAGUACAGAUUUAAAAUGCCCAGACUGGUAUCAAACGUCUGUUACCUUUUUAUUUCAUAAGAAAUUAAUUAUUAUAACAUUGGAUAGUAGAGCACAGUAUUAGGCUUUUGGCACAUGAUAUUGUUAACUUACUCCAAGAUCAAUCUAAUACUUCACUCCAACAAGGUCCUUCAUUUAUCUUUCAUCUAUGUAGAAGCUAGUAUGUAAUCUGCCAUAAUCUCUUACAAUUGGUUGAACUAUUUAUCCCUUGAAUCUUUUUAUCUGUGACAAUGGUUUAAUCAUUAAAGAAAAUCAUGACAAGGGGUUUAACAAUUGUUAGUGCAGGGUAGGAUUUUUAAUUUAAAGUCCUAGUUCCUUGGUUGGAGGACUGAUGGAGUUCCUCUGGGAGUCAAUAUAGAAGGCCUGUGAGGAAGUGAUUUUCAGAUAUUGGAAGGUAGCAUGGAAGUAAAAGAUCAACCAUGAUCUUGAUGCUAGGUCAGAUAUGUGCCAGUGAAUGGCCUACUCAAAAUUUUUAUUGUGUUCCAGAUAAUAAAUCACUUUAGACUCGUAUAAUUUUUAAAAAUAAUUUUGAAAUCAGUUGUCCUUAUUUUUCCUCACUCCUACUGCCCAAAUAGCAUAGUACAUACAUCAAUCAUUGUAAAGGAUUAAUCCUUUUCUGUCUUAUGAACUACCUUGCAUCCUGGCCCUAUUAAAUAAUUCAACUUGUGCUGUUUUUCCAAUAUCUUCAACUUUUAUUUUUCUAAUGUAUAUUUGUUACGCUACACUGCCUAAGUGCUGUGCAUAAUGGGCUUAUUCCGCUAUCCUAAUUGUUGAAGAAUUUAUUGUUAUGUUUAUUAAUUAAAAACCAGUGAAAACUCUUUUAGUGGUAUUAUUGAUCCAUAAAUUUAAAUGUAGCCUCCACUUAAUGGAGGUUCAUUAUUUGGUUUUUACAUUUUGUUUUUUAAAAGGAAGUCUCAAUGUUUCCUUUUGUUGAUACAUAUUAUCAAGCAACUUGUAAUUUCUGAACUGAAUGGUAAUUUUAUCCAGAAUCCAUAACAGUCUAGCUCCUGUUUCCCACUGGGAUCACAAAAUCAUCUCCAAUGUUCUUCUUGCUGAAUAAGAAAAAAAAAUAGUCUCAGGGGAAUUGAAUGUUCAAUUGUAUUUAAUUUUGUUGAUGGGGACCAUUGGAAUUCAGUAGCUUUGGCUGUAGGUUGAAUGAUGAGAAUAUAAAUGCUUCAGUUACGUUGAGUGGUCCAAACACUGACAGAUCAAGGUACCCAAUGUUGAGUGGCUGUGUAACAGACUAAAGGGUUUUUGUAGGGGAGAGUGUGAAGACUAGUCUGUCAGUGUAUGGAACUUAAAGUUUUGAAUGAUGAAUCCAAGCAGCAGAACAGGAACUGCUGCAGUAUGGAUCCUUGGGUGGAGAGGAGUAGCAAAAGUCACAGUAACUGAUUAAAAUUUUCAUAAAAUCGUUCCAUUUAGUGCUUCAACCUGAACCCACAAAAGUAAUAGAACUAUAGUUCAUUGGCAUGUUCACAACUGCAUUGGUGCUGAAUCCUGCACUCAAGCAGAACUUGACAAUUUUAUUACCUUCACUAUGAAUUUGCACCUUGCCCUCAAAUUCAAUGUAAUCAAUUCUGAUACCUCCUGGAUUGCCUUGUCUGUGCAGGAGAAUUACUGACUUUUUCCAAUAAUCCCACUGACUCCAUAGCUACCUGGACUCAUCUAGUCUCUUAUAACAACUUUGUUCUGUUUGGUCUGCUGCAUCUUCUCAGGAAAGCUUUAUUCUAGGACAUUUGAAGUAUCUUGAGGGUAUGCAACCUCUCAUCUACUGCUUGAUGGAGCCCUCACUUGAAUUUUCUAUUUCCUGCACUACUGGUCCUACCCCAUAUGCCAACCAGCACAGAGAUAGAGUUUCCUUAGUCCCCAUUUUUCAUUUCAUUAGUUGAUGCUCAGCCUUGUUAUUUCUGCCUGCAGCAGCAGGAUUCCAACAUCAAUCAUAUAUUUCCUUUCAUUUCUGUUUUCGGGGUUCUAUUCUCUUUACAACUAUUUGCUUGCUCAUCUUGUCACUCUUCCUUUCAACUAUGGGAAGUACAGCACUUGUCCCUAUGUCACCUCCCUCAUCACCAUCCAGGACCUGCUCAGCCCAUGUAGGUCAAAGAUUUGCUAUUGUCUACUGCAUUCAGUGCCCAUAAUUUGGACUCUUCUACCUCAGUGAGCUCAAACGUAGGUGCUAUGCAAAAUUGUCACCUAGUGUACUUUAUGUCUGACUUCCCAGCUGUGUGCCAUUUCAACUACCUCCAUUGGCCUGUCAGUCAGUCCUUGGACCUCUCUACUGUCAGGCUGAGGUGCAAUGCAAAGUAGAAAAUCAAUACCUCAUUGUUGCAGUAACACUAAAUGUUUCAACUUCGUGUAACCACAACUCAUUGUACUUCUUUCUGCCCUUCUGACCCUCUCCCCCACGUGGUUCCAUCUGCUUAUGCACUGCUCUUUGUUCUUGUAUCUCUUCCCCCAACUAUUCCACCCUUAUCUGGUUCCACAUCUUCCUUGUGAGAUGUCAGCGUCUGCGACCUAGCUUCCAGCCUCCCUUUAUCUACCCUUUUCUAUUUCCACACCCAUACCCUACCCAUGUUGAGCUGUCACCCACCAGUUAUGUCUCCUAAUUUCACUUUCCUCCCCUCUUGGCUCCAUGGAUUCCCUAUUCACCUGAUUCCACCUGUGUCCCUGACCUCUAUAGUGGCUAUCCCCGUAUACGCUAUCUCGAUGCAGGAACUUAACACAAAAUGUUGGCCCGUACUUUCUCCAGCAGUGUUCUUUUGCUCUUAAAUUUCAGCAUCUACUAUCCUUUGUGCCUAGGGAUAGUCAUUCGGGAUCUAAUGGGAGGAACAGAUUGCUGUCUAUAUUACACAAUGGAAGCAACAGAUGUUGCUGAGAAAUGAACCCAUUGCAGCCCAGUGGCAAACUUAGCAAUUGAUUUCAUUACAACCAGUGCCAAUCAAAUCUCACCAGCAUUGAGAAAAUAAAAUCCUCCCCCCACACAGGAAAUGCCAUUAAGAUAUUGGAAUUUCUGAUACCAACCAUUAAGCUCUUCGGGUCUGUUAAAUAAUUUAGUGGGUUGAAUAAUACCGAUUGCAAAGCUCCCAUUAUUAACUGCUGGAGUUAAGAAAAUACACUAUUGGUUGCAUCUUCUGGAUAUUGGACUGCAAAUCCAUCCCUACACACAGAGACAUUGAGAGACAGAUACAAUGCAACAAAUUUCCAACAUUUUCAAAGUUUUUUGUUCUUUACGUUUUUGUA